CAUAAGACGUAUUUCAUCAGUCAUUCGUAAAGUAGUGUUUAAGAAAGAUGGCGAACGUAUAUUGUGUUUUCCUCAAUUUCUGCGUAUUUUGUUUAAUUUUUGUAGAAUUGUCCCAAUCAAAUCAAAUCGAUAGUGACCAAUACCAGUACAGCAUAGAAAGUUCGCAUAAUCUAAAAUAUUUAGAUAAUGCUAACUUCAAAACGUAUCGCGUUAAACGUGAUACAAAUGUGCCAGCAUCGCCUGUAACAACAACUGCAUCGUUGCCAACACCAAUUGCUUCGACAGCACCAGAAACGGGUGGCAAAAGUGAAACCCCAACAUCUAAAAAUAGUACACAGCAUUUACUUGGUGAAAAUGGUGCUGGCCAACGGAAAUACUAUCCACCUCCAUCUACCAAUGAAACAAAAAUUGUCGUAUCACAAUCAUCGCCAUCGUCAUUGAUGACAGCGACAAAUGCAAACACAUCAACGAUAAAUAAAAGCCUUGGUGCUGUACAAUCAACAAAAGAAACCGAAACGGAAGCAACACUAUCCGCUGUUAACGAAGACGUAAUUGGACGCAUUGAUGAGCCCGAAGAGGAAUUCAAUAGGACGAUCUCUGAGGAAGAAAAAAAAGGGGGAAAUGACCAGAAAAUUGACUAUUUUCAAUACUAUAAUAGUACGCUGAGUGUUAGUGUUAACCAAUCGAAUGAAUACUGGUCACAGAAAAAGGACUAUAUUAUCAGCAACAUUCUAUCGAAAUCACAUCGUCGAGCUAUUACGGUGCAAUUGAAAUUCGAUUUUCCAUUUUAUGGACAUACGGUUCGGAAUGUAACUGUUGCCACCGGUGGAUUCCUCUAUACAGGAGAAUAUGUUCACUCUUGGCUCGCAGCAACACAAUAUAUUGCACCACUUAUGGCUAAUUUUGAUACAAGCGCGUCGAACGUGUCUGUUGUGAAAUACAAUGAUAAUGGAACGGCAUUCACUGUGAUAUGGGAAAAAGUACCGUUGCAAGAUGGAGCAACAUCAAAACCGCCAUUGUUUACAUUCAGUGUAACAUUGUACAAUACUGGUGAUAUCACAUUCGCAUACAAAGAAAUACCAAUCCUAAUUGAAAACAUUAAAGAUGAAAAGCAUCCAGUUAAAAUUGGCCUAUCCGAUGCGUACAUCAUCGAUAAAACUAUUUAUUUUGCUCGCCGGAAGACAAUUUAUGAAUAUCAUCGUGUCAAUUUCCCCGGACAAGAUAUCAAAAACAAUACAGUCAUCAGAAUGGUGGCACUUCCCACAUGUUUGGGAUUCAAAGAUUGUGCCAGCUGCUUGGAUACACGGCUCGACGCAUUUAAUUGCACAUGGUGUCCAACAUUGAAUCGGUGUUCGACGGGAACGGAUCGUAAACGUCAGCAAUGGAUUCAAGUGGGUUGCGAAAAAACGCAAUUGAAAGACACUACAACGUGCCCGGCGCUAGGUACCAAAGGUAACAAUUAUGCGACACAACAACCGGUGAACGGUCAAACAGCAAACCAAAAUGAUUCACAAAUUCCAAGUGUCCAUGGUGAUGCCGCAUUCACAGAGAAUGGAAAUAAAACAUCGGUCGAUGUGAAAAACGCACUUGCACACAUUGACAACGAUCAAUCCAAACAUAACCAUGCUAGUUUUGCCCUAGGCAUAUUGUUACCAAUCGUCGUGAUUGCCAGUCUUGUCAUGUGGGUUGCAUAUGCAUAUCGUAACCCACACACAAAGAGCGGUCAGCUUCUAAUACAGGUGAAUUUUUUUUCUCACAAAACACUUCUUUUUUUAACACUAUUCUAUUCAGCAAUAAUUUCGUCGGCAUUAUAUUUAUGUAUGAAAUCGAAUGUUUAUUUUUGAAAUUCAAUUAGGCAA